AUAGGCUAGCUCAGCUGUCAAUCACUCCUCUGAGUGUCGUGCUAGGUUGCGGCGCAGAACUGGGCCUGAAUAGGCGGCUGAGAGUCUCAAACUGCACCGAGUUGGAGAAAACUGGAUACUAACAGCUUUAUUUUCUUGUUUAGAACAUUUUAAUAGUUAAAACAACAAGUUUAAACCAACAUUAGGCCCAGUGGAACCGGCAGCAUGUCUGCAGCAGGAGAUUUCGGCAACCCGCUCCGCAAAUUCAAGCUAGUUUUUCUGGGAGAGCAGAGCGUGGGAAAGACGUCGUUGAUUACCAGAUUUAUGUACGACAGUUUCGAUAACACCUACCAGGCCACGAUAGGAAUUGAUUUCUUGUCGAAAACCAUGUAUCUUGAGGACAGAACAAUCAGGCUGCAGCUUUGGGACACAGCAGGACAGGAGCGUUUCCGUAGCCUCAUUCCCAGUUACAUCCGAGAUUCAGCCGCUGCUGUUGUAGUUUACGACAUCACAAAUGUCAACUCAUUCCAGCAGACCACCAAAUGGAUCGAUGACGUCCGAACGGAAAGAGGAAGUGAUGUCAUCAUCAUGCUAGUGGGAAACAAAACAGAUCUCGCAGACAAAAGGCAAGUGUCUAUCGAGGAAGGAGAAAGGAAAGCCAAAGAACUGAAUGUAAUGUUUAUUGAAACUAGUGCUAAAGCCGGAUACAACGUCAAGCAGCUUUUCCGCCGUGUAGCAGCAGCCCUUCCUGGUAUGGAGAGCACACAAGACAAGAGCAGAGAGGACAUGAUCGACAUAAAAUUGGAAAAGCCACCAGAGCAGCCGGUCAGCGAAGGCGGCUGUUCAUGCUGAGGCUUCAGUCGCCGUUUCUGUGCCGUGUCUCUAGCUGCUUUUCCACUAUCGUGCCAAACCGUUCUAAGAACACUUCGGUACGGUUACGGUUGUUUCUCCACUGAGCCUGGAACGGCGUGGCACGAUUACAAACCGUUCUCAGCCCGGAAUUCUCGGCACGGUUAGACAACCGUGCUGAACUGUGCUGACAGAUUAUGUGUGUUGACGUCGCGACUCGGUUGCUAAGCUACCACAGCUGGCUCAGCAGAAGCGCGCUAGUCAUCAGACAUCCUCAAUAAACUACAGUACAUUUAAUAUAAAAUAACGAUCCAGGUCUAAACGAUACAGUUUGAAAAGGGUGGAUGAUUUCCUAAAUUAAUGAUGUUAGUGGUUCGUAUGGGAUCGUAUGGGAUGAGAGCAUAGAGCAGUCUCUGGCAGAGAAGUGAAUAACUCAUCACAUUCUUACGAAGAUAUUUUAUUCAUUAAAGUUGUUAUUUUAUUGACUUGAAUACAGACCUACAUCGCUUGCCUGAAUGUGAGUUUAUUGCACGCAGCGCUGUAUUUCACAGCACAAAACUCGCUCUGAUCCGGGAGAGACAUGCCAGCGACUUGCGCUGCUGACUUUUUUUCCUGCUGCGCAUCGAAUAAAGCGAAUAAAGUCACGCUUAGCAUCGUCGAUGUCCAAAUUCCACAACAACAUCACGAUAUAUAUAUCCAUGGAACACGAACUUGCAGACUCUUUUAACAACGAGGAAAUAAUUGCACUUUUUAAUUCAAAGCCAGGACAGCGUGUUAAUACCGGCGAGACCACCUGAAGGACGUCGUGUUGUAAUGUCGGCCGUCCAAAAGACUUUGCUUGAAAGCUUUUCGGAGCGGCACUGUAACUGUCCAAGGUACUGUUGUAUGAUUUAUAUUAUAGCAUAUGCACUAAUAAACAAGUCAAAAGAAUGAAUGAAUUAAAUAAAUAUGGAUUCUUAAAUGUCAGAAUUGCUUUUCCUCAAAAAAUAUCAAUACGUUUUGACAAAUGUUUUAUAAAAAUAAAAUGAGCAUUUUUAUCAUUUCAGCUAUAGGCAAUUAUAUGAUUCAAUUAUACAUAAGUUAUAUGACAUUUAUGAGGCAUGUAUGUUUCUGUGUUUUAGUUUUUUUGUGGUGAUCUUUAUAUAGGCUAGCUACGCAAAUAUUUUCUAAAACGUCUAGCAAUAAUUCGCCUACAGCUUGUUAGUUAAUAUGAACACAAAAAUAAUUAUUAUAAUAAAAAUAAAAUGAUCAAAAUAAAAAGAUAAUAGAGCAGCAUUUUGCUAAAUAUAAUAGUGCUUUAAAUGCUUUAAAUCCUGCAAUAUACGUGUUGUUUCAUAUUCGUUUUUAUUUUCACUUGCUGCAUUCGUUAUUUAAUGUUUGAAUACUAAAACAAAUAACAGCCAUCGCUUAACUGGUUUCAUUUUACCAUCAAAAUGUAGUAUAUUUUAUAUCAUUAUCAACUUUUGAUAUAAAAACGCAGUGUAAUUUAAUUAAUUGUUAAAAAUGAAAUAAUUUAUGUGCUGUGUUUUUAUUUUAUUUUAUUUUUUUAAUUAUAUUUCUGCCACUAUAAUACAAAUGCACUAUUUUUGUUGUCUUAUCAUUGUUUAUUUUUCUGUUAUGUUCAGAGAUUUUAAAUAUUAUUUAUUUCCCCUCCAAUUAUUUUUAAUCAUCACGUUACAUUUUGGUAAUUUUCACUCCAAAUAAAAUUUAGCCAGAGCUGCGCAACAUAUAAAUAAAUAAGGGUGCACAUUUAGCACCCCUAUUUCAUAGAGCGGCAUAACAGUGUUUAGUCACAUGGUUGCUUUUGCUUUUAUGAAAAAAAAUAAAUAAAUAGUUUCGGCUCUUAUUUAACUUUAGUUGAACAAAGGGAGCCGUUUACAUUGCGUUACCAAGGCAACUACUGAUGCGUUUUGUGUAAUGUUUUAAAGAGCUUUGUCGCAGCACGACAGUGGAAAAUGAAACCGUAUCCGUGCUGUCUGGCCCGGUUUGGCACGGAAUGGAACAGUUCUGUUUAAAGAACGAUUCAGCACGAUAGUGGAAAAGCGGCUUCUUACUGUCGCUCUUUCAGACGCUCUUUAUUCGCACUCACAGCAUCUCUCUGGAUAAUCUGCAGAAGCUCCGACCACAUGGAGGGAGUACGACACUACCUGCCAAUCACUCUCGUUACCGCUGACCCAAUCAGAUGACUUUAAAUCCAAAAAGCACAACAUUGGAUGUGUUUGCCGUAGCUUUUCUAUCAAUCCUUUCCAUUUAUCGUACACCUUUUGUGGUGUUUUGUUGUUUUUUUUUCCGCUCAAGAACACUUUAUAAAGUGUUGUUUUUGUCCUUGUUUCCUUUUAUGUGAGUUAAUUCUUGUAUUACUGUAACUAUGGCAUGAAUUGGAACAAUUUGAGAAAUAAAUGAAUAUACAGAACGAAUAUGAGAAGGAUAUCCGGAUCUGAAUGUGCGAGGACUCGGAGCUGAACAUCGCUUUGGAUUCAUGGUGCGGAGAUGGACGAAAUGUUUACAGAGCCAGUUUUUGGGAAUAUCCAAGUCUAGAUUUCAUCACGUGGCGUUACAUUUUUAACGCUGUUGAUGUUUCUUUAAGAAAGGAAAGUGUAAAAAAACAAACCAUUUGGGAGGAAUAAGUGCUGCUUUUAGCUCGGUCGCUAGUAAAGCAUUGCAUUUUUUUUCUUAGAUGCUGUUUUAUGAGCAUUAGAGAGUCGAUAACUUAGCCACAGAGAAAUACCGUUAUUGUAAAGAAAUAUUAUGUAUAUUAAGGGAAGUAUCAGAUUCGAUUUAACUGAAGAUAUGCAGGCAUUGCCUUUAAUGGUUUGAUUUAUUGAGCUUCCAUUUGUUUGUUUUUCAUUAGCAUUGUAAAGUUUGAUUUAUUGUAAUAAUGACACACUAGUUAUGGUUUGUUUUCUUUUUGAUUUGAUCAACCAUGAACCCUAAUAUUUAUUUGUGAGGUCUUUUGUUUUUAAGCACUGUUUGGUUCUUCAUAACUGAUAGAGACGUGUAAAUUUUCUGGUCCAAAGCAGCUGCCAUGUUUGUUUUUAAAUGUACAAUGAUAAGUUUCCCCCUUGACACACUUGAUCGAAAUGCUUUUAAGAUCUAGUGCAUUUAUUGUGUUUUUUUUUCUCUCUCUAUGAAACGGUCUCGUACAUUUCGAAAUUAUUUUAACUUGACCUGGCAGCGCUGCUUGACGUCCAUUGCUCAUUAUUUGCACUGCUAAAAUUGAACACCAUCUUGAGAAAUCAUAAUAAAAAGUUGUAUUUAGCAAUA